UAUUUCAGUAUACGGCUGACGCGCCAAGACGCCAGACGUCCGGAGCUUUACUGCGCUUGCAUUACUCUUCCGUCUAUCACUUGUGGUUCACUUAACAAUCGCAGAACAACAAAUUUUUUUUUAAAUAAUGAAUUUCUAAUUUUUUUUCAAUUAAAGAUAAUUUUUCCCUUAUUGUGAAAAAUACAUUUAGUGAAAUUUAUUGAAAUCUAAUAAUUAAAUUUUGUGUCAUACUCAUAAAAAGAAAACAUGUAGAAAAAUAGUGGAUUUUUUAUUCGUCCCGACAGUUUCUGAGUUGAAAAUACGAAACCAUUUAUUUUUGGAUUUAGUUAUAUAAAAAAAAAUCACAAGUAACUGAAGAAAACAAAAUUCCAUACCUUCUUUUGAUAAAAGAAAAAAAAUCACCCUCACAAUUCAGGGAAUUAUUAUUAUCAUCAUCAUCAUCAAUGUAGCCUAUAACUCUUAAAGAUCUAAUCAAAAAAUCUCUUUAGCUUCGAGCGAAAAAAAGUAAAUGUUAAAUCAAAGAGGGGAACAGAAUCAUGCUGCAUAAACAGUUUUCCAAAUAAAAAGCAACAACUGAUUGCCGGAUGGGAAAAGAAAAUGUUCUAGUACCUAAGAGAAUAGGAAUGAUUUUUAGAAAUAGUGAAUUGUUGGUGUUAGUUUAAGUGUUUAUAUAUGUUUGUUACAAUUUGUGGUGUGUUAACGAUAAUCAAAUUGUGUGUGUGAUUGUCUAUUGCUUCCUGGGCCUUUGUGGCCAGGCUGAAAUAAUCAAAAUCGAUAUGGCCGAGAACGACAAUUUCUCGGCAACAUCAACAAGUCUAUCAGUUCAAACUGUUAUAGAAAGAAGCAACAUAAUUGAUAAUCAAACUCAACUAACGGCUAAAAAUCAAGAGAAACAACCAUCAUCAAAAGAAAGAAAAAUUGACAGCACAACUGGUAUAUGUGUCUCAGGCACCAAUCAAUGUCUAACAAGGGCAUAUAAGAAGCAGUCUCAUAACAACAAAUUGAUACUUUGCUUGGAAAGUCGAGAUCUUUUCAUCAGUGGAGGAAUAAUAGACACGCUGCGAGGAGUUCUUGUCUUUGACCGUGACUCCUUGAAAGGCAAACAAAUUUAUGGACAGGUGAAACUAACGUUUCGGUAUGGAAGAGAAGAUGAGGAAGUAAUGGGACUAAAAUUUUGCAACGAAGCUAUGAUGGCUUUUAAACAGUUGUAUCCACCAUAUUCGGGUCCUGAAUAUCAAGAACCUAUUUCUAUGUUGCAGAACCAUUUAAUAGAGAAGUACGGAGGAAAUGCACAUCCAUUUACAAUGACGUUGAUGCCAUUAUCACCUCCAUCAGUUCAACUAGUUCCUGCGAAAGAAUACAAUGGAGCACCAAUCGGCACCAGCUACAAUUUCCGAGUGUUUGUUGCCGAGACACCUGACGAUAAAUUGAUAGCAAAAAAUACGACAAUGGUUCAAAUGGGAAUCAGAGUGAUACAGGGACCGAAUUCACAAUCAAGAAACCCCCUUUAUAGAGUGCCUUCGACAACAGGGGAGUCAAUGCUUAACAGAAUUGAAGAAUGCGAUUCUCAAAAGAUAAAAGUCUCUUACAACGACAAUACCAAUUCUGAUAUCGAAGAGGCAGAAGAACUGAAAAUACCACAUGCAGUCAUGGAAAAGCAAUUUCUCAUGAGCGACGGACCUUUACGCUUAGAGGCAACUUUGGAUCGUGCAAUUUACAGUCGCGGAGAUCCAAUCACAGUUCGUGUCAACGUAACCAACAAUAGUAAAAAAACCGUCAAAAGGAUCGAGGCAUUUGUAGUUCAACACGUGGACGUGUGCAUGUUUAGUAAUGGGAAAUUCAAGAAUAAAGUGGCUUUAGUAUCGUCUCGAGAAGGUUGCCCGGUGGAUCCGGGAUUUACGCUCACAAGGAGUUAUACUUUAAAUCCAGAGAGAAGCAACACAAAAAAUUGGAUUGCCUUAGAAGAUAGUUACACCAGUAAAGACAGUUACACCAGCAAAGCCAGUGGAAAUUUAGCAGCGACGAUUGUAUGCUCCGGAAAAGGACCCGACGACAGAAAUGUUUUUGCUAUUUAUGUUUCCUACUACGUCAAGGUAAAACUGAUGAUAUCGCCGAUCGACGAAUUAAUCGGCGGUGGUAUAUCAGUGAAAGUUCCAUUCACAUUGAUACACAGUGAGCCAAAUUUCGAAUUAUUGAGUAGUCCAUCGCCAAUACGCGACACAACAAGAACAUUGGGAAAAAUAGAAGAGCAUUCAAAAUCAAAUGACGAGCAACAGUCAAUAAGUCAAAAUAAAGAAUUAUUCACUAGCGAGAGAAAGGAAAUUAAAACGAAAGAGGAAAUAAUGGCUGAAAUAGAUUUGAUAAAGCACUAUGAUGAAACAAAAAGCACCUGAGAAGAGGAUGGGGUCCUCACAGACGAGACCCGCAUUGCGAUCAAGAAUAAUAGCGAUGAAAACACCAAGAACUUGAAGAACUCCAAUAACAAAAACUGUAAAGAAGGAUUCAACAUACAAAGAGCCUGGUGCUGUUUCAGAAGAGCUUCGUAGUGACACGAUAUGAAUAUUUUUCUCUUUCUUUCUUUCUUUCUUUCAUUCUUUUUAUCUCUAUAAAAGAAAAACCACAAAACACUUAUACAUACACACAAAAAUCAUCAUGCUUAAAAAUCACUCUCAAAGAAUAAUAUCUCGAGAAAUGUCAAUAUUCAAUUUGUAAAUAAACAAAAUAAACAAAAUAAAGUUCAAACAAUGUAAAAGAAUCGAAAUGAUGCGCAUUAGUUUGCACAAAUAAUAAGCAAUUUGAAAAGAAAGAAAUAAAAAAUAAAAGGAAAAGACAAAAAAUUAAAAAGAAACAUUGUGUUUAAAUUUAAUCGAGGAGAGCAUCAAAGAAGAAUUCCCACGACCGCUUUCACAUCGAAUUUAUUGAUGACUGCUGAUUCUGUGAUUUAAAAAAGAAACAAGUGAUUGAUAGACGAAUACCUAGCCCCCCCCCCCCUCCUGUAUUAAUUUUUUUUAAUUCUAUAAAAGAAUUAAUAUAUCGAACUACAAAAUUAUAAGCAAAAUCGUAACAAAAGAUCCGCAAUGUUUUUAAAAAAUGAAAAAAAUAAUCAGACGACAAGGCUCGAACCAGUGAAAGUAUUAAAAAAUACGGACUUUACGGACCAAAAAUGAAAAAUUACGAACCAUUUAC